GGGGGCAUUUUGCCUAUGUCACAAUAUGAGGUAAAUCGGGCCCUGCUUACACUGUGGUUUUUGCAUCCGCUUCCAUCAGAGCACAUGUGCUCUGCCCCUCUCCAUCCAGACAGUGCGAGUGUACUUCAGACUCUAGAGGUCUCCAUCCUUCAGCAUCCACACACGCGCUGUGCAUUCUUCUGCAUCGGCCACAGACUCAGAGAGAAAGAGAGGGAGGGAGGGAGAGAGAGAGACAGAAAGGGAGAGACAGAGGACACCGCGCAACGGCAACCUGAGACGCGUGUCCUCCCUCAGUGCGAACGGGAACUUUGAUGAUUUGACGGUGAAACCGAUGGAAACGUGGAGAUGAUGUUCCAGUCGUUGAUGAUGGAUUCGUCUUUCAGCAUGUCCAGCUAUGCUGUCCUUGUGCUCGUCUCCUAAUAGACUGCUGAUCCAUUUUUCUUUUCAAGUACUUCUGCUUUACUACAGCUUUUGUGAUUGAACACUUGAGUCGGUGUGAAGAACAGUGAAGGAAGCGGGGCGCAUUGUUUAUUUUUCGCAAUUUUUCAUUAUAUUAAAGGACUUCCAGUUCAUACGGGAUUCGUGAUGUCUGCAACAUACCGCUCCUUAUUCCUUUUGCUGUUGAGUUUGCUCUCGACUAGGGCUCAGACCGAGAUGAAGCGGGUUGUCGGGGACAACGCCACAUUGCCUUGCCAUCACCAGUUCUGGCAGUCGAAUGGACAAACACUGGACAUCGAGUGGCUCCUGCAGAAACCCAAUGUCAAACAGCGUGUGAUCAUCACAUUCUUCAACAAUGAGGUCUACACCAACGACAACCAUGCCAGUCGUCUGUCCUUCGCGGGGGACUACCUGAACGGAGACGCCUCUCUCCUGAUCAGUGAUCUGCAGCUGACAGACUCUGGAGAAUACCACUGUAAGGUCAAGACCGGCGGCAAAUACCACUGGAGCCAAGUCAACCUCAUUGUGCUGGUGAAGCCCUCCAAACCCCGGUGCUGGAUGGAGGGCCGGCUUCUGGAGGGCAGUGAUGUGAAACUGAGCUGUAAGUCUUCAGACGGAUCUGACCCCAUUCAGUACAAAUGGGAGAGAGUACUGGAUAAAGGCAAGAGUGUGGGAAAACUGCCUCCCCUCGCCCUCAUCGAUCUGAAGAACCCAGAGAUCGUGACCUUGAGGAACUUGACGCAGGACAGCUCCGGGGUCUACAAAUGCACGGCCAGCAACGAUGUAGGAGAGGAGAACUGUAUCAUCGAGGUCACAAUGCAAUAUGUGCGAGGCAUGGGUGUUGUGGCUGGUGCUGUGGUUGGCGUUUCAUUCGGAGUUCUGCUUCUCAUUCUCAUCAUCUGGCUGGUCUUCCGCAAGAAGGAGAAGAAGAAAUAUGAGGAGGAGGAGACACCUAAUGAGAUCAGGGAGGAUGCAGAAGCUCCAAAAGCCAAGCUGGUGAAGCCCAACUCCCUCUCCUCGUCCCGCUCUGGCAGCUCCCGCUCCGGUGCUUCCUCUACACAGUCCAUGGUGCACAACAGCGUAGCCCGAGGUCAACGUCCACGGCCACCCGCUGUCGCCGCCCUCAAGGAGAACGGACAGCCCCACGGCUUCCCGCAGUCUCCCCCGGCCUACACGCAGGUCGUGGCUAAAACCCCAGAACCCCCUGCCACCCCAAAAUUCAGACCCCCCAACCCUCCGGUGGGCAUGGCCAUCCCGGCGGGAGUCAUGGUCCCGGCUCAAAGCAAGGCCUUUCAGACAGUGUAGAGAGUAAAGGAAACGCAGCCUGAUGCAGGCAUCUGUACAAGACACCCACAGUGACUCUUCCAAAAGUUGCAACUACGAUUGGAAAAAAUACACACACACACACACAAAAAAAAACAAAAAACUAUAAAAUAAAAACAUAAUUAAAGGAUGUAAGUCAAAAUAAAAUCAAUCAUAUAAAAUCUAAAAAGUUGAAUGCAUAUUUACAAGGGAAAAUACACAAUGCUUGCCCCCUUCUGAUGUAUUAAAAGAAAACAAGACAGGAACUAAAGAACAAGAAUUUUUUAUUCUCAUUCUUUGGUUCUCUCUCCUUCUGAUCUCAUGGCACAGUCUGACCCUUUUUUAACAUUAUUUGCUUCUCUUUUUGAACUCUUAAAGGCUUUGUGGGCGGUGGGGUGGAAAGAGUUCCCCAAGUGCAGUUUAUUUAUUUAUUGAAUCAGAGAGGUUAAAGGGCCAAGAGCAGGCUGGGUUGAUGAAACACGAUGGGGAGUGGAAGGUCCAGCGACUGCCCCUAUGAAGAGAAAUGAAGGAAGAACCUGUUGAUAGCGAGGGGGCGGCUCCGGGAAUACAAACUAUCUAUAUCUUAUUUGCAAAGUUCCCAUCCAUUUUUUUGCAGAAUGCAAUGCAAUCAUUGACCAUGACCCAGACAUCAAAAUCAAAGGCAAUCUUAUCAAUACCUUAACAAACCACUAAGAAGAAGAAAACUUGAAGUGAUUGGAAAAGAUGACUCCUCGAUGGACAUUCCAGUGGAUGACAGCAUGUCACUGAUGUAGCGGCAUAGAGAGACUUUAAUGGUUCAGUUAAUGCAGAACACACUGUGGGGUGAAUUCACUAAAUGGUUGCGCUAUACCUUAACGUGCUAUAUUUCACAAAAACCACCCACUGUCCAGUUUAACUGUAUUUAAAUAAUGUCGUUGUCAUUUGUGUUUUUUGUGCAAACCUAAAAACGAAAGUAAAUUAGACAGAUUAUUGUACCUUUUCACCAAAAAUCAGUGCUACUAUAUUUGCCUGCCGCAAAGUUUUGCUAUUACUGCCUACAGAAAGUAGACGGUAAAAGAAAUGCAUAGGAAAUUUUCUUGCAAAUGACUUCAAAUGAUGAUUAAAUGAUGGUGAAGAGCAUUUUAUCCCAAAGUGUCAUGUAGUCGAGCGCACUUUUCAGAUGCAUAGAGUUCCUGUAUGUAAAUUCCCAGUAAAGUAUGCCAGAUUACGGUAGUCUGCUGUAUCCUUCACAACCUAGAACUCAGAACGACCUGCGUAAAUGUAGCGUGCAAACUAUUGCAACUAUUAUGUGAUUUGGAUAACCUGGUUAAUGAAUUAGUGAAUUAGAUGUUAAAACAAUGUGGGUGCAAUUGAUUCUUGGUGAAUUCCCCCUGUGUGUCAACUAAGUGAACGUGAUUUCACCCAGUACAACAUGUUCCUGGAUCAAAAUCCUUGUUGAUCCAGAAACAACAUUCCAAUCAACCAAUAAGAUUUGAGGGAUAGGUUUAUAGUUAUUGUUUAGGCUUACAACAAGGGUUAGGGGCUUCUACACCAUUCUUAUCUCUAAAAUCAGAGGGAAAUGAAGUGAAUAAUGGCGCUUUUCCACUGCGUGGCACAACUCUGCACGGCUCGCUUUACUUUCGGUUUGCUUUUCUGGUUCAGUACCGCAGUGGUACUAAAGUAUUGUUGCGCCGCUUCUACUGCCGUGGAUCCGCACCUCGGCUACCAACGAGAGGAACAUCUGCACUUCGUCUACUGAGCACGAUACGGCCGAUGGUCGCUUAAAGCAAGUCGUU